AUGGUGCACAUAACAGACUUUCGCGUGAUCAUCGUGGGUGGCUCAAGCGCUGACCGGGCACUCGCACACAGCUUGCAGCGAUGCGCAAUUGAUUUGGUCGUUCUGGAAGCCAAUGAUAACAUUGCGCACCAAGUCGGAGCUUCAAUUGGGAUCCUCACAACGGGACCUGGAUCUGGGAUCAACUUGCCCCUUCAACUGAAAGCUAUGUCAAGGAGUCAGGUCCAGUGCUGCUGGGCAUCGCAAUUUCCGUGGAUUUGGUUGCUCAUCCCCUUGUCCUUUAUGAUUAAAUAUCUGCGCCCACCGGUCGCUAAGCUCCUCCCCGAAAUCCAACCAGAUGCGCUCGGGACCUUCCUCCCCGCGCUGAUUGCAGGGUAUUAUGGUCCCCCAACUUGGGCAAUUUCUUCCCGAAGACUAUCGCCAUGCGCCAAUUGCUUCAACGCCAUCUGGCAAGCUAUUCCCCAUCACCGUGCAGGCUCCCUUCCGCCUUCUGGAGAAAUGCGCGCAUCCCCGCCCACCAACAAUCUGCGCUACUAG